AUGGGGGAAGGAGUCGAUCCAGAGAAGCAGCCAGACGCAGCGAGCGCGCAGAGGGCCGAAACAUCGCUCCCGGCCUCGACCACAGCGGAGGUGCCACGACCGACCCGCGGUUACGCCCAGCUCGCCGAGUUCAUGACCAAAACUCACCACGGGAUGAUUCGCCGGUUCAAGGACCUGUCGACGCAGAAUCUCCUUUAUCUCCAAGCCGAAUUGUACCAGCUCCGGUUCGAGCUGGACAAGGAGGCGGCGGCGGAUGCGCAGUAUCCGCGCACCGACGAGAGGAGCAACUGGGACUACCACUGGAGGCUUUUGGCGACGAGCGGGCAGAGACAGGGGAUUGAUGACAAGAGGUGGAGGACUUGGUUGAAACUGCGGGAGAGGUUGUAUGAAUAUCAGGACGCAAUUCAAAGACACUCCAAAAUCGCCUCGAUGGCUGGCCCCACGGGGGACCAGCGAAGCAUACUGGCCAAGAUCGUGGGGCGUGAUUCGCUCAGCGAGAGCAGCAUGCAGUUCCUGUCGCGCGAGCUGAGAGGUCUCGAGCCCGAGGCAUACAGGGAAGUGUUCCUGGACGACCUAGUCCUGCUCGAGGCGGCAGACGAGGACAAUGACCCGCUUGAGAGGUUUGUCGUCAACGCUGUGCUGAGGAUAUUGAGAGCGUUCCGGGGCUGCAAGAUGAAACUGAUCCGACAAGAAGAUAUCGAGAGCGGCCUAGGCGGCAGCCUUGCCAUUGUUGGCGGGCGGGUAUACCAGUGGGACAAGAGGACAUACUCGCGAGCCAACAGGGUUAUCGGGGCCAUCUUCUCAACUGUUGUGCCCGUCGCAUCUGUCGUCACGCUGUACGCCGUCCAAAGCAUGGGAUUGAGGGUGGGCCUGGUGUGCGUCUUCUCGCUGGUGUUCUGCCUUGCACUGAGCACAUUGACCAAGACUAGGAGAAUUGAGGUCUUUGCGGCGACGGCGGCGUUUAUGAGCGUCCAACUGGUAUUUAUUUCCCAGGCAAACUGA